AUGAGGAAGAGAGCGUGUGAUUCCUGUCACAGGAGAAAGAUCCAAUGCGAUGGAGCCGUACCCCAGUGUAACUGGUGCAAGCACCACGGGAUGGCAUGCACUUUCAACCGGGCCACCAAGGUGAAAAAGCGUGUAGCCGCAGCAAGGGCUGGCUCCGAAAAGGACCUAGUUGAGCGCCUCAACCGUAUUGAACAGGCUCUUGAGGCGGCUCGGCGAAAUCAGGGCUCCCAAGAUCCUGGAAAUGAGGGGCGGGACCCAUCCAUGUCCCCUUCGUCAUCAUCGGCGCCCAUGUCAUCCGUCGGCCCGGAGCCCAUGGCUGCCGACGGUACCCCGGAGGCAACCCAAGCCCGAGCCUUGGAACCCCCAGCGUGGGCUUCCGGUGCUACCGUGGGGAAGAUGCACUUUGCUGGAUACUACUUGGGAGACAUUAGCUCUCACAAUGGUGUCCCAUUUUUUUCUUCUGACGGCCAGGAAUGGAUCCGGUCCCGCACCGGAGAGGACGCCUCAAUCCAGACGUUGUUCGCUUUGGGGCCUCUAUGGCAGACUCAACACCCAGUUCCCAUCCAUUUGGGUGCAUAUCUACACUCGAACUCAGGACGAGAACUACCUGACAGAACAGUCGUUGAAGAGUAUUUGGCACUUUUUCGGGCAUCCCACUUUGGGUUGUUCUUCCCGUUGAUUGAUCACACCUUGUUCUUGGAGACUAUUGAGUUGGCAUUCCAGCCAUCUGAAACACCAUCUCUCGAAACGAUUACAGCCAAGGCUUGCGUCUUCGCCUUUUUCGCUGUUCUUUCCUUAUUCCAAGUACAAUGGAAGUCCACGCCCGAGAUUGACGGGGAGGCAUGUGCUGGAGCUGCUCAGAAUUUGAUUCCGAUAAUUCUUCAAGAAACUAACAUUACCGGCUUGGAGACCGUUUUUAUGCUUAGCUUGUAUCGUCUCUUUUGCGGCCACCUUCAACAAGGUGCCAUGUUUCAUUCCACGACAUGCCGAGUAUUGUUUAUGCUUGGGGGACAUCUUAAUCCUGGGACGAGCUGCACCCCCUAUCAAUCGCCAAAGACCGGACAUGACCAUGAUUCACUAGUAAGGAAUCAACUUCGAAGGCUGUUCUGGUUGGCAUAUAAACUCGAUAAGGACAUCAGCCUUCGCACAGGCCAGCCCCCGAGCAUUGACGACGAGUAUUGUGACUUGGUUCUCCCACAGAACGACUGGUGGACGCGGAACUCAAACGACUUGGGUGGUUCGCCCUCGUUUCUCGACGAAGCGAUGAUCACUUCAGCAAUACAGCCGGAUUCUCUGCAGUUGACAAUCAUCAAAUCGACAAUCAGUCGAACUCUGUACUCCGUCGCAGCCAUGAAGAAAGGCGAUGCCGAAUUGCUUCGGGAUAUUCGCGAAUUAGAUGACGGACUUGAGAGAUGGCGAAUGUCGGUGCCCCAGUCAUAUCGACCAACGUUGACGUUUCCCCGGGGCACGGUGGCCAUUCGAAAUGGCCGAAUGGGAAUGGAAGAGAUCAUUAUGCAUUUUGAGUACCACUACUUGAUGGCCAUGAUACAUCGGGCAAGCGGCAGAUGUCGAUGUUGGGCCAGUGGCGAGGGCGGGGGGCUAGAGGGUGUCAGUUCGAGUCUGGCAUUGUCAGUACAGGCAAGUCGAUCAACGCUGUACUUCCUCAAAGCCGCAAUACACGCAGUUGAAGAAGUGGCGUUUUGGAUGAUUGUUUUCUAUCCCAUGUCGGCGAUUUUGACCAUUUUCUGCAGCUUGCUGCAUGACCCCCUUAACCCUCAGGCGGAGGAGGACCUUCAGCUUCUGCAAUCUGUUCCUCAACUGAUCGAAGGAAUGCGGAAUCGCCGCCUCACCAAGUAUGAGGUCGGCCAUGUCAAGAUGAUUGAUGCGUUUGUCGCGGAGCUGACUCGGCUGGGAAACUGUGCCAUUGGCAAGGCGCGGCGUGAAGAGACGGGCGAAUAA